CGCUGUCGUCAUGGGAUGUAAAGGUAACUAGUUCCCAGGAGUGAAUGUUAUAAUUUGCAAAAGUGCACGGUGGACUUUUCCCCUUGUGCUUUCAUUAGCUCAGCUAUGUAAGGUUAUCAAUACUAGGAGAAAAUCGCAAUAAACUUAUUCAGACAAAAACGCCAAUCUCCCUGCAGUUCACUCCAAAAAUACAACUGAGCUGUCACCAUUUACGUCGCUGCAAGAGAAUGGCUCUGGCCUGGCUCCAGUCUCACCUGCCCUGUACUAUCCCAAAUCCUGUCACACUUGAGUGUAUUCCUAGCAACGCUUGCUGAACAGCACAGCGUGGAGAGUCAUGCUGUCUGGUACUUGGCGUCGCUCUGUGGGGCACACACAGUCUGGUGCGACACCCACGGUGAGCCCCGGCAGGAUGACAGUGUGUGGGGUCCCCAGUGGGACGGUGGUCCUUGAAGCCCAGUAUGACUACAAUUACCGUGGAGCAGACGGACGGCAAGUUUGCAUAAGGGAGGGUGAACGGUUUAUUCUCCUGAAGAAGACAAAUGCUGACUGGUGGCAGGUGCGGAGAAUUGGGGCAGCCAGUAAAACAAAGCCACUGUAUGUGCCUGCCACAUAUGUGACCGAGGUUCCCGUUGCACCGAUGCCCCCGCCCCAGCGCCUGGUCAUGUCUGCCUCCCACGUCAGCAUCAUGCCACGGGCUUCACUCUCUCCCAGCCACACAGCAAGCUAUAAUGAGCAGCGCCAAGUUAAUAAACCCAUCUAUCGCUCCAUGGAAAACCUUAGUGCCUUCCAAGGGUCACACAAGAACACAAGCAUCGGUGGAGGCCAUUUCCCUACGCUCCCUCUCUCUGGAUUCACCUUUACCCCCAACUCUCCCACCUCCCCAUCUGGCCACCUUAUGGUCCCCGGAUUGCCCGCAGCCUCCACAGCUCAAACAGUGCCACCAAACCCCAGGGUGGUCCCCAUGAUCACCAGGAGCCAGAGCUCCAGCAACCUGCCUGAAAACCUGAUGGAGAACCCAUAUGAUGAGGUGGGGGGUGGCGUCAGCAGUCGUGUCAACCACAAGAUCCCAAAGAAGUCUUCUAGCCAAUGGGACAUGGUGGACGCUACAGGCAACAACAACCGGUUGCAGGUCCCAACAGAGGCCUAUUUGUCCCAGCUGUCCUGGCAGAAUUCCCCUCUUUAUACCAAAAUGCAGACGGAGAAGCAUCAGCCACAGCUGGAACCACCCACCCCUGCUCCAGGUCAGCAGCCUCUUCAGAUUAUGGACCUGUGGGAGCAGUACUCUGACCCAGCUACAGGCAGACACUAUUAUGUCAAUAGAAUUACCAGGGAGAGGUCCUGGAAACCCCCUCGCCGCGCCCGUACUCAAAGCGCCAACAAGGUCGGGCUGGUACAACCUCAGAUGUUGCCCCGGGACACCAGCCAUCUGUCACUGCCACUUACUGAGGCUGGCAAUGGAACUAUGCACAAGUUGUCACCUGAUUUCAUCUUUGGGAGUCACCAGAGAAAUACUGACAGCGGCUGGCAGAUGAAACAGCAUGCGCGUGCUGCCUCCUCUGACACCCUGAGCAUGAUGACAUUCAGUGAUACAAAAGCCCAGUGCAGCAACUCAGUGCCCGUGCAUGACCCCAAGCACACUCGCCACUCACAGUCUAUGUUUCUGCCUGAGAAUGGCAAGCUGGUGCAGCAGUACAGUGAUUAUUCCUGCAAUAUGACCAACAUCAUCGUGGAGGCUCCAUCUCCUGUGAGCUCUCCAGACAGUGAUGGCUGCACGCCGGAGCUGGAGAAAGCAGGCCUUUUAAACAAGACAAAAAUAGCAGAAGGAGGUAGAAAACUGAGGGGUUGCAGGAAAAAUUGGAGUCCUUCCUGGGUGGUGCUAGUUGGCAACAGCCUGGUUUUCUUCAAGGAUCCUAAAUCACAAACACCUUCCAGCUGGAAACCAGGAAACAGCCGUCCAGAGAGCAGUGUGGAUUUAAGAGGAGCACAGCUGCACUGGGCCAACGAGCUGUCCAGCAAGAAGAAUGUUUUCAAGCUGAGGACAGUGACCGGCAAUGAGUUCCUGCUGCAGUCAGAGACAGAGUCUCUGAUCAAAGAGUGGUACAACACCAUAAAACAUGUCAUCGAGAGGCUGGACCGUGAAAACCCAAUUACCAAUGUCCUUUUGUACUCUUUGAGGAGAGGCAGCGUGGAGAUGCUGGACAACAGUGGUGAUGAGGAUGAUAGGCGACAUCUCGUAAUCCCUCGCUCGUCAUCCAACCUGGAAAACACAGAAAGAAAGAGAGUGAAGACCCGGCUGAAAAAGCUAAUCCUGAAGAGGCCUCCUGUGCAGGCCCUGCAGGAGAAAGGGCUCAUUAAAGAUCAGGUGUUUGGCUGUCGUCUGGAGAUGCUCUGCGAGAGAGAGAAGAGCACCAUCCCUCGCUUCGUCAGACUUUGUACUGAGGCUGUGGAGAGGAGAGGACUGGACGCUGACGGCAUCUACAGAGUGUCAGGAAACCUGGCAGUGAUCCAGAAACUCCGCUUCCUGGUGAACCAUGAACGAGCGGUGACCACUGAUGGCCGUUACAUGUUCCCAGCGGAGUUGGUGCAAGAGGAGAAGCUGAAUUUGGACGAAAGCGAGUGGGAGGACAUUCAUGUCAUCACAGGAGCUUUGAAACUUUUCUUUCGCGAGCUUCCCGAGCCCCUUGUGCCCUAUGGCUUCUUCACCGACAUUGUGGAGACAGUCAAGAUGUCGGACUACAUGGACAAAGUGGAUCGCUUGAAGUGUCUGGUGCUUAACAUGCCUCCUCCAAACCACGACACACUGCAGUUCAUGUGUCGACAUCUCAGACGAGUACUGGAAUAUUCAGACACCAACAGAAUGACUUCCCAGAACAUUGGUAUCGUGUUCGGACCUACACUGAUGCGCCCAGAGAGGGAUAACGGCAACAUGGCGGUGAAUAUGAUUUACCAGAACCAGGCAGUAGAGCUCAUCCUCAGCGAGUACGACCACAUCUUCGGAACAAGAGGCCUCUCUUGAUCUUUCACCCCUGAGGGGAGGGAGGUGGCGGUUCUAUGUGCUCCUGCAGAACUGACAAAAGCAUAAGCAUUGCAGUAAAGCCUGUAGACUCAUAUGGCGUAAAAUGGAUUUCACAUCAAAAGAUAAUUGCGGGGUAAAAAGAACCAGGACAGAAAGCUGCUAAUCAUGACAUCUGGCCUCCAUAAAAAGCCGUGUUAAAACAAUAAUAGUAAAACAAGCCAAUUUUAGCUGCAAUACUUGUGCCUUUGAACGCAGAUGUGGAUCUCAGCCAUAGUUAAAUGCUGGAACAGACACCACCUCGUCACUUCUUGACAUUUCAGACUUGAUCAGGCUGAAUAGUUAGAAGAAGAAGAAGAAGAAGAAGAAAAAAAAGCCAUAAAAAUGAUAAAUCUCCUCCAGCCUGCCCAGCUAGCUGUAUGUUACUCAGUAAUUCAUCACGGAACGUGAGGAGGGAUGUGUCUUAAUGUAGCACUGAAACUAAACUUAGCAGAACCAUCUCACUGUGAAAAUAUAAGCACCAACAUGUCUUGCAAGACAGACCACAGAUCCCACCUGCAGCGUUAGUGUGGAUAUAUCGUGAAGAAGAAAGAAGCCAGCCAGUCGUGUAAAUCUUCCCCCAUCGCCACUAAAGUCAAAGUUUAGAUGGAGAGUUUAGAGAUUAUUAGAGAGGACUCUUCAAAAAAUGUAAUUUCAUUGAUGGGAUGAAUGUGCCAACAGGGCAACUGAAGUUCCUUUUUAGUACUUUGUAGAUUGUGGCCCUUCAGAACUUUCCUUGUGAAAUUAUAUUUUUGUUAGUGCAAACUCCUUGUAUUAAAUUUAAAUGGUUAAGUUGUAAAUAUGUGAAAUAUUGACUGUCAGUUAGUAGCACUUUGCAUACAGUGUGUAACCUAAAUAUUCGUUUGGCCAAAUUCAAACUGAUGCAUUUGCUUUGAGAUGAAGAGUAUGUUGUUUAAAUGCAACUUGGACCUGAUUGUUAACUCUGCUCCCAAUAAAAACAUGUGAACAAAC